CAAACUUGCUCCGCUCCACAGCUAUAGCUGGGGCGUCCGGCGCUAGACAUCGCCAGCCGGACUAUAGCUGCGUUAAGUCACUCAGCUGCCACCGCCUGCCGGACCAGGGUUCUUCAGAUGCAAGCAUGAGCGAGCCGUCAGCAAAAUAAGCCGUCAGAUGGUCAGACGGCGCGGCCGACUGGUAUGGGCUAGAGUAGGUAAUGUGGACGUCCCACGUUCUAUGAGACCUCGUGGCCUGCUCCAGCGAGUACACAUGUUUGGUAAGGCUAGAGACUGCAUGUGCUUCGAGACUUGUUAAUAAAUUAACGUUUUCACCCAUCACGUCUACUUGGUGCACUUUUGAAUUUCCCAUUGCACCUUGCUCCUGUCAAGUCCAGUCCAGCCGCAACCGGGUGUACACCAUGAAAUCCACAGAUGCCGACCUGAGCACGGCACAGCUCGUCUUGGAUAUCAUCUUCGAGUAUGCUCUGAACAAAUUCGACGAUUCCAGAGAUCGGCUCGAAGGAGGCGCCGAGAAUUUCCUCGCUGUCAUUGCGCACUUUGUCUCCGCUGGGACACGGGUAGAGGCAUGUCUUCCUGCAUUCCCAUUCAAGUCGGCCAACAAGGUCUACAAGGUGCUUGGCCAUCUUCCCGAUAAGGCGGAGGAGCUGGCGCUCGACCGGCUCGAUACCAUGUGCCGGCGGAUCAAAGAGGUCUAUACGCCAGGCGCACAAGUAACGAUCAUCUCGGAUGGGAUCACGUACAAUGAUCUGCUUUGCAUAUCAGAUCAGGACACUUGGGCGUACGGAGAGGCUCUCCGCAAGAUGGCAGCCCAGAAAGGGUUUGACAGCAUUGCUUUUGCCAGAAUCAAGGAUCUGGUGGACUUUCCCGUCCCACAAGACCUGAGAGAGAUCACCUAUGUUGCCAACUGCACCACGUUUCGUCGCCUACUGUUGAAUAAGUACGGCCAGGACGACCUCGACAUUGACCAGGAGAUCGCCACGAAUCCCGACACAAAACUAACGUUCUUGGGGUACAAGAGAUUUCUCGAGUCCGAUCUCAAGUACAUCUUCCCCCAAGGCCAAGAUCGGUCCGCGAAUUCGUAUAAGCGAGAUUGCAAGUACCUCGCGAAGCAGAUGCUAGUUCGAGGGCAUGCCUUUGCGCGCGCCGUCAAAAAUGCGUUUCCCAACCAUCUCCGACUGUCCAUCCAUGAAUCAGUGGGCGGCACAAAAGUCUCCAUGCGCCUCCUCAACACGAGGAGUGGCUUCACCACCCCGUGGCACUGCAGCGUUGCACAGCUCGCCAAUGGCGAGUGGAUCAGCGCCCCGAUGGGCGAGUUUGAGAAGGACGACAGGCUUGAGCUUGUGUACGACGAUGGUCGUCCGAGCUACUACAGGGAGCUCGCGCAGGCGAGUAGCGACGCCCUCGGGAUCACACAGGCGAAUGCCACCUACUUACAGCCCGCCACACCACGCAGCGCCCAAAACUACCUCAGCGGAGUAAGCACGCCUCGCAUCGUGACGCCAGAUUUGGGUGAAAGUCAGGGAGGCUCCUCCAUCUCUUCACUCGACGCGGUCACCACCGACAGCACACCUACGACACCUGAAAUUCAAUCGGCCGAGGGGUCCGCUCAAGGCGAUCCAGAGAAUCCGCGGCAAGUGACGCAGGACAAGGACAAUUUCGGGCAAGAUGAGACGCAAUACGGCAGAAGGCUUAUCCCUCAGAUCAUGGACGAACUGGCUGCUGCAGAGCCAGAUCGUCAUGUCUUCUCAUUAGUAACUCGAUUAGAAGGUUCAUUGCAUUUCCGACACGUCACAGCUCGUACGUUUGCACAGGCCGUGGACAAGACGGCAUGGUGGCUCCAAGAGGCACUUGGUCGGUCUGACACUAUCAAAUGUGUUGGUUACAUUGGACCACACGACCUGCGCCACGUGCUGCUGACCUACGCUUGCGUCAAGGUCGGAUACGCGGCCCUUUUCCUAUCACCAAAGAACAACACAGAAGGCUCCUUGGCGGUCCUCGAGGCGACCAACUGCAACAUCUGGGUCAGCGCAGGAGACGCUCUGCCAGUUCCUCUCGUCCAAGAGGUCUUGCAGCAGCGUUCCAUGCAACUCCUAGCACUGCCGUCGCUGGACGACUUGCUCGACAACGACGAGACCACGCCAUUCCCUUACACCCAGACCUUUGAGGAAGCCACCAACGAUCCGUUCUGCUUCCUGCACACAUCAGGGACUACAGGUGUGCCCAAACCCAUCCCUUGGUCCCAUGGUUUGAUCGGUACCAUGGACGCCAUUCGUCUGCUUCCACCAGUGGAAGGAGAUGGGGGUCUGUUGCCUUGGACCGCUGACUGGAAGGCGGGUGAUAGGAUCUAUUCUUCGUUCCCCAUGAGCCAUGGUGCCGGCAUCAUCAUGGACAUUCUCAUGCCGGCUCUUUUUAAUCUCCAUUGCAUUUUGGGCCCAGUGGGCGUGCUUCCGAACAUUAAUCUCGUGGAAGACCUGGCAGAGUCCGCCAAGAUUGACAUCUGGAGUAUGGUCCCCUCUCUCGUCGACGAAGUCGGUGAGACCCCAGAGGUUUUGGCCAAGCUCAAACCCUCCAAAUUCAUCUGCGCCUCUGGUGGCCCCGUCAGCCCCGUCAGCGCCAGCAAGGUGAACGAAGUCAUCCGUGUGCUGAACCUCACUGGCACAACGGAGGGCUUGUUCAUCGGCAACCUCGUGCCACACAGAGAGGACUGGUACUGGCUCUGCUUCCACCCUUACUCUGGAUUCGAAUUCAAACAGGUCGAGGAAGACACAUACGAACAUUGGGUGCAUCGGAACGAGCACUGGCCGCUCUUCCAGGGCAUCUACCACACGUUCCCCGAAAAGACCUCAAUCAACUUCAAGGAUCUAUACAUGAGGCACCCAACGAAACCCAACCUCUGGGCCUUCAAAGGCCGAAGCGACGAUCUGGUUGUUCUGUCAAACGGAUACAAGGUAUCGCCGCUUGAAACGGAGGCUUUUGUCACCACGCAUCCCGCCAUCCAUGGCUGUCUCAUCUUUGGAACAGGCAGACCCCAGGCUGGUCUGCUCAUCGAGCUCAAGGACCCAUCGCAAAAGUCCCCAGAGCUAAUCGAGAGCAUAUGGGAGACAGUUCAGAAAGCGAACUCCAUGUCUCGACACAAGAAUCAGCUUCUACGCGACUUUGUCACAUUUUCUGAACCAGACAAGCCUUUUAUCCGCACAGACAAGCAGACCGUGAAGCGCUCGGCGACUCUGGCUCUUUAUGCUGACUACAUCGAGCGUUUCUACACCUCGAGGAGUGACGACCUUGACGAGACCUACUCUGUAGAUCUGAAAUCGAGAGAGUCCAUCAUGACCUGUGUUCGUGGGAUCCUUGCGUCUUCACUGCCUGGGAUCGAGAGUGUCUCGGCCGAUACCGACCUAUUUGACCUGGGUCUUGACUCUCUCGGUGUCUUUGCUGCCGUCAAGAGCAUACGAGCCGCCACCGCUCUGGGAGACAAGAUUGCACCACGCCAUGUCUAUGCCUCUCCCACAAUCGCAGGGAUCUCUGACACCGUGGCCCGCAUGGUGGUCGAACGGGAGGAAGCCUCACGGGCAUCACCUGCGCAGCCCUUGGAUGGUGACUUUCUCCAGGACAUUAUCGCGCAACACAAAGCACGCCAGUCCUUCAGGCUCAACGCCCUGGACUACGUCAAUCCAAACCACGGCAUGGGUCUGAUGCUUUACUUGCCUUUGCGUCCAGACGCCCGCUAUGCCGACGUAUUUGACAAUCUGCAGCGAGGCCUGAAUCGUACCUUUGACAUGAUUCCAGCCCUGGGCGGGAAGAUUAUGGAAUGCUCUGAGCAGGAGUUUGGCUACGUAAAGGGGGAUCUCUGUGUGUCGAUCCCACCGCUCUCCAUGGCUACGUCUGUGCACAAUCGCCUCGUGUACAAGGACUUGACGGAUGUCCUGCCAUGCUUCGACGACUUGAGGAGGUCCGGGUUCGCACCCUCAGCCUUUAGAGAUGGGCUCGUCUUGCGAGAUGAUCCUUUCCCCAAGAUGCCCGCGGACAUCUUUGUCGGGCAGGUCAACUUUGUGUCAGGCGGAUGCAUCCUCGCGGUAGACCUGAACCACUGCUGCCUCGAUGGCCUUGGCGCCUUUGUCGCUCUUAAAGCCUGGGCAGAGAAUUGCCGGUAUCUGCAAGGCGACACGUCUGCCAUGUGCUCCUGGUAUGACCCGGAGAGCUUCAAUCACAGUCUUCCCGAGAUUCUUCACAAGCACGAGGGUUGGGCUCGGCCUGUGGAAGAUAUCAAUCCCGGCACGUGGGGAUUCUUGCCGUUUUCCCCUCCUGAACAGUACAAGACACAAUCAUCUGCUUUGUCGCCAAAGGAAGGUGCUCUGCCACCGCGACCAGAGUACCCUGUCCACUCGGUGUGGCCGCUACCACGUGCCGAGAGAUGCCUCAAGACAACCUUGUUCCUUAUCACACCAGAGAAGGUGGCCCAGAUGAAACAAGACGUGAUAGCGGAUCCAGAGGCCAGGGGUGUCAUCACGUCCAUCAGUGACAUUGUGCAGGCAUUCUUCUGGCGGGCCGCCAUCCGAUCACGGUACCGUGUGGCCCGUGAGAUCAGGGGACAGGAGUUUCGUGAAGAUGAACUCUCCAUCCUGGAACUACCCACAGACGGAAGACCCUACUUCUCGUCACUGCUGCCAUCUACGUACAUGGGCAGCCUUCUCAUCAUGAGCCGAACAACCAUGCCAAUACCAACGCUCUGCGCGCCCGAGACCAGCAUUGGACGCGUGGCCUACCAGCUGCGCCAGUCCGCCGCCCGGAUCACACCCUCCGUCGUCCAUGACGCCGUGUCGAUUCUGCAGUCGCUGCCCGACCACACCCGAUUCUCCACGGCCAACAUGGGUCUGGAGCACAUGCACGCUAUGAUCUCCAACAUGAUGCUCUUCCCGAUGGGCGAGGUCUGCUUUGGGGAUGCGCACUUUGCGAAUGGCGGAGAACCAGAGUCGAUGCGGCCGCAGCUUGAUCGGGGCAGUGGUCGAUUCCGUUUCUUGGUGAUUUUCCCGAUGAAGCCGGAUGGGGGCGUUGAGUUGGUCAUGGGGACUCAUCCGGAGGAGUUGAAAAUGCUCAUGGAAGAUGAAGAGUUUACAAGAUAUGCUAAGUUUGUAGAUUGCGAAUAGAAAGCGAAGCAUUAUCUGUUGUUUGCUCAUUUGCAACGCAUACUCUUAGAUUCAAUUUUUGUUCUGGCACCCUUUUACAAACCUCUAGCGGUACUACAUGUAUAUUAUGAAAACAAUUCGAGCUAUCACUGUGGAAACAUUGCAUGAUCAAAGUCCUCUCGGCCUGAUUCGUACAUGUAGGGUCCAUAUGAAGUUCUUCCUCAUGGUACAGGGUAGCUCCCAGCUUCAGGACAGGUGAGGUGGUG